GUGUCUGACAGAGAAGAAAGUGGGUUACGCUGGCAAACAAGCAGUCUCCUUAUGCUUCCGCCUUAUCAUCACAAAUGACUUGGAAUCGCAAGUAGGACGUGUUUUUGCAUGUAGAUACUCCUGAAGAAGCAAUUUGGCAGUCAACUGCACAAAAAUGUGCAUCUUUCGCCGCUCUCACACUUUUUUAAGCGUUUUUUUUGUGGCCGGGGUCUUGCAGUACGCGACAAGUUUCUAUCUUCCGGGUUUGGCCCCUGUUAAUUUUUGUGAGAAGGAUAGCACUACGGGGAAAGAGAAUGAAGUACCUGACUGCAAGUCAACCAUUGAGCUGUUUGUGAAUAGGCUGGAUUCAGUGGAGUCCGUUUUGCCAUACGAGUACACUGCAUUUGACUUCUGCGCCAGUGAUAAAGAGAAGCGUCCUUCGGAAAAUCUGGGACAGGUUCUGUUUGGAGAAAGAAUUGAACCCUCCCCUUAUAAAUUUGAGUUUAAAAAGAAGGAGGAGUGCAAGCAUGUGUGCACCAAGGAGUAUGACACAAAUAAGGUCAACACUGACAAGCCCAUCGUUGACUUCCUCAAGAAGGGCAUGCUGCUCAACUACCAGCACCACUGGAUCGUUGACAACAUGCCAGUCACAUGGUGCUAUGAUGUGGAGGAUGGUCAGAAGUUCUGCAAUCCGGGCUUCCCCAUUGGUUGCUACGUGACCGAAUCCGGUCGACCCAAAGAUGCCUGCGUUGUCAAUUCUGAGUUUAAUGAGAAGGACACAUUCUACAUCUUCAACCAUGUGGACAUCACUAUCUACUACCAUGUGGUGGAGAACGAGGCCGCCGGUGCCAGGCUGGUCGCUGCUAAGAUGGAGCCCAAGAGCUACAAGCACAAGGAAGGCCUGGACUGCACUGGUGGCCCCAUGGACCUGAGCAACAAGUUUUCAGGACAGCUCAAGAUUGACUAUACCUACUCUGUGCAUUUUGUGGAGGAUCAGCACAUCCGCUGGGCAUCCCGUUGGGACUACAUCCUGGAGUCCAUGCCUCACACUAAUAUCCAGUGGUUCAGCAUCAUGAACUCGCUGGUCAUUGUGCUGUUCUUAUCCGGCAUGGUGGCCAUGAUCAUGUUACGGACACUCCAUAAGGACAUUGCCCGCUACAACCAGAUUGACUCAGUGGAGGAUGCCCAGGAGGAGUUUGGCUGGAAGCUGGUGCACGGCGACGUGUUCCGGCCGCCAAGGAAGGGAAUGCUGCUGUCCGUCUUCCUGGGCUCGGGCACCCAGAUCUUCAUCAUGACCUUUGUCACACUCUUUUUCGCAUGCCUGGGCUUCCUCUCUCCGGCCAACCGUGGUGCUCUGAUGACGUGUGCCGUGGUGCUGUGGGUCCUCUUGGGCACGCCGGCCGGCUACGUGGCAGCCCGCUUCUACAAGUCAUUUGGAGGAGAGAAGUGGAAGACCAACGUUCUCCUUACAGCUUUCCUGUGUCCUGGUGUGGUGUUUGCCGACUUCUUCCUGAUGAAUCUGAUCCUGUGGGGCGAGGGCUCGUCGGCGGCCAUGCCCUUUGGCACGCUGGUGGCCAUCCUGGCGUUGUGGUUCUGCAUCUCCGUGCCACUCACCUUCAUCGGGGCCUACUUCGGCUUCAAGAAGAGCGCCAUUGAGCAUCCAGUUCGGACCAAUCAGAUCCCUCGUCAGAUUCCAGAGCAGUCUUUCUACACAAAGCCAUUCCCUGGCAUCGUCAUGGGUGGAAUCCUGCCAUUUGGUUGCAUCUUCAUCCAGCUCUUCUUCAUACUCAACAGCAUCUGGUCCCAUCAGAUGUACUAUAUGUUUGGCUUCCUCUUCCUGGUCUUCAUCAUCCUAGUGAUCACCUGCUCUGAGGCCACCAUCCUGCUCUGCUACUUCCACCUGUGCGCGGAGGACUACCACUGGCAGUGGCGCUCGUUCCUGACCAGUGGCUUCACGGCCAUCUACUUUCUGGUGUACGCCGUCCACUACUUCUUCUCCAAGCUGCAGAUCAGCGGCCUGGCCAGCACCAUCCUCUACUUUGGCUACACCAUGAUCAUGGCCCUCAUCUUCUUUCUCUUCACAGGAACGAUUGGAUUCUUUGCAUGCUUUUGGUUCGUCACUAAGAUCUACAGUGUGGUGAAGGUGGACUGAGCAUCAUGGACAUUAAGAUGGGACUCUUGUUUCUUUUCUGCCCUCUUUGUCACACUGGUCACUACGUCUGGACAGAGAGAGAAAAAGAAAGAGAAGGAUCUGCGCGCUGUUUAAAGACUGUCCCUUCGCUUUGCAACCCUGACUCCAUUAGACCGACAUCAACCAACACAGUUUUAGGACAUGUAUGAGUGUGUGUACUGUGUGUUUGUAUGUAGAGGUGUGUGUGUAUGUGUGUGUGAAGGUACAUACCUGAACUUGUAGAAUGCAUCUGAGCAUCACUAGUUCUGCAGAUCAUCAAUAGAUUCACAUUUUCUCAGUAUGAACACCCACACACGUGCAACCAUACAGACCUACACAAACACAAGGCAAUAUACUAUAUUAAUGAGCCCUUUUGCGCUACGUGGGCAGCAGAAGGAGAUUGUAAACUGAAAUGGUAACAUUUGUACAUACUACUUACAUUUUGCUAACAUUUAAAAACUGAAAUUACAUGCAUCUAGCAUCAAUGUAGGUAGCUGAGGUAUGUCACCUAGGUAAACCAACAUAAGAGGCAUCAGAAUCUUGAUUGUAAAUAACUUUUCUUAUGCUGAGAAAACUGGGAUGAGGUCACCCUGGUACUGUUCGAGGAAAAGAAAUGAUGGAGGUGGGGGGUAAAAGGUUGAUGUGAUCCAGUCUUUUGGAGAGCUUGACUCGAGUUGUUAUUAGUGUGUAUGCUUUGUCUUUUCAUCCUUCUCUUUUGCGAUUUUAUUCUGUUCUGUCCUUCAUUCGCUGUGUGAAGAAAAGAAAUGCUCGAGUGUUUAUUAAUCGACUGAGCCACUUGUGUUUAUUUAACUACCUUUUUUAUAUUUGUUUCCAUUUUUUUUUGUCUCCUCAACACUCUUCUGUGCCUCAUUCAAACAGUUCUGCAGUCCCGGUGUUUGUUUAUGUUAGACAUUCAUACUGAAACCUUCUCAAGUCAGGAAGGGUCAGGUGUUAAGAAAGCCUCCAAGAGAGAUGACAACAGAAGAUGUUUUUUUCUGUUCUUGACUGUAUGGUAUACAUACACACAUACAUAAAUUAUGAUGGCCUCAUUUCUUUCAUCUUCUAGCUUGUUUUUCUUUUCCUCAUCACUGGUUUUGAAAAAUACCAUGGGAUUGCAAAUAAACAAAAUACCUUUGAAAUCAGUAGGAAAAUAAAACCAAAUGUUCUGUCCAAAA